CGCACGCUGGCCGCGAAACAAAACAAUCCCCGGCCGGCCUCGUUUUCUGGCGUUGAGCAUUCCGGUCCCGCCCCCUGGCCAACGGUGGAAGGGUACAGUAUCAUUCCAGCUCCCGCGACCCGCAGCGGUCUUCGUCUCCAUGGCAACGACUUCUCGGGGUUUGGGAUUUGGGAAUGAGAACAUAUUCGAAUAUUUCCUUAAAAAUAAACAGAUUAAAUCAGAAGAUGGAGCUGAAAUCACCUGGUAUCAUGCAGCUAACCAUAAGUCACAAAUGAGAGAGGCACUAAAAAGUAGUGCUCACAUGAUAGAGGCAGAUGUUGUUCUUUCCUGUGAUGGAUCAGAGCCGAUAAUGGCUCAUCCUCCUGAGACAAGCAGUGAUAACACCCUCCGGGAGUGGUUAAACGAAGUGUUAAAAACCGACAAAGGCAUCAAACUUGAUUUUAAAAGUCUGGCAGCAGUGAAGCCAUCCAUGAUGCUUCUGGAAAACGUUAAAAUGCAUCUGAAUCGUCCUGUGUGGAUCAAUGCUGAUAUACUUCCUGGUCCCAAUGGAAAAAACGAUGAGGUGGAUGCAAGGAAGUUUCUAGAUAUUGUGACAUCCCUUUCCCCAGAUGUGACUUUGUCUCUGGGUUGGACAACUGGAUGGUACCCUAAUCAAAUUAAUGAAGGCUACAGUUGGGCACUGGUGAGAGCUAUGGAAUAUAUAUGUAGGAAACUAAGUCAGCCUGUAACAUUUCCUGUCAGAGCAGCAUUACUUAGGCAGUCUUUUGGUCCGUUGCGUUGGCUGUUACAGCAAUCAGAUAGAUACAGUCUGACUAUUUGGACAGGAAAAGAUGAUAAAUAUUCCGUUGAAGAUUUGCUUUAUGUCAGAGAAAAUUUUGGGAAGAAGCGAGUUUUCUAUGAUAUCUUUGAACCACAAAAACAAGAAUUCAGACAAGCUAUUGGAAUGGAAACUGAAAAAUAAAAAGAGAUCUUAUAAACUA